CCGUGUCUUCACCACUCAUUAAAUAAUAUUUUGAGAGGAUUCCACUUCUAUCUGGUCCAUCUAUAUAUACACAGGCAUACCACACUUCGAUGCCAUCUCACUUCAGGUCUUUAAUUUGUAAAUUAUCUCUAUUCUCAAAGUUAUUAUUCUUUUUCUUCUCCUUGUUGUUUUAGGGAUAACUAAGCAUAGAAGCCAUGGGCAUUCGCUUGCCUGGAUUGGUUCAUGCCAAGAUGAUUCUUCGACGUUCUUUUCUUACUGCAAAUCAAUCAACUUCACCGGCAGCAGCAAUCACAGACGUCCCGAAAGGCCACCUGGCUAUUUAUAUUGGAGAGACCCAGAAGAAGCGAUUUGUGGUUCCCAUAUCCUAUUUGAACCACCCUUCGUUCCAAUCCUUGCUUAGUCGGGCUGAAGAAGAGUUCGGAUUUGAUCAUCCAAUGGGUGCUCUAACAAUCCCGUGCCAAGAGGAUGCCUUCAUAAAUCUCAGAUCUCGGUUGAAUGGCUUAUGAGUAUUAGCAACCAUCUGGGGCCAAGAAAUUGAUUGGCCCCCGUUCAAAAUUUUGUAAAGCCUAGGCGUAGCCAUUUAUAUGUAAAUAGCUUUCAUGUGGAAGAGAGUUGAGAAAGAGGAGAAACAAGUCCCUUGUCGAUCAUCUCUAAAAUUAUACAAUACAAUUUUUUUUCCUUUUGACUUUA